CAAUAUCAAGUACAAAAAAUAAACAUUCGUGGCUCAUAUCCGAAAAUUUACUUUAAAAUCGGUCAAAAAUGAGCGAAAAAAGUACUUCCUCCAAUCCAUACGACAUGGAUGGAGCUGGAUUUGAUGCCGAUCAAUAUCUAAACCGCUUAUUAAAGGACUGCUCCUUAAAACAAAUAAUGGACGUCGAAGCAGCAAUUGUCAAAGACACCCAAACCCUCCACAGCGACAUGCAAACCCUCGUUUACGAAAAUUACAACAAAUUCAUCUCCGCUACCGACAGCAUCCGCAAAAUGAAGGACAAUUUCAACAAAAUGGAAACCGAAAUGAACCAACUGAUGGGAAAAAUGAGCAAAAUUACGAGUUUCAGCGAUCAAAUCACAGGCACGUUGCAAGGAACGCGCACUCAAUUGACCAAACUCAGCGGAAAACAUUCCCUUUUGAAGCGUUUACAGUUCCUCAGCUCCCUGCCGUCAAAGUUAAAGUCGCACAUCGACGAAGGAAACUACGCGCAAGCCGUUCAGGAUUACACCCACGCCCAAAAAGUACUUCAGCAGUAUGGGGAUCAACCAUCCUUCCACGGAAUCCAAGAAGAUUGCAUCAAAAUUAUCGAAAAUCUCAAGUCGCAACUGAAAAAAGACUUUCAAAUGGCGGGAAAAUCCGCAAAAUCCUUGACAGAAACUGGCGAAUUGCUUCUUAUGCUUGGAGAAAAGCCCUCAGCGUUGUCUAAAGAGAUGUUGACGUUCGCAAAUCAGCGGUUACACGAACAAAUUGUCAUGCUGCAGGACCAAACGGACCGCGAUAUGAUCGAAUUUAUCGAUUUAGGCAUCGAUGGGUUCCUAAAUGACCUCACGUUGGUCGUUAGUUCGUACUAUGACAUGUUUCUGGCGAAGCAUUUGGACCAAGAAGCCGAUGAAUUUGAACAAAUUGCGAGAAAUGACCUCAAUUCGUUCGUCGCGAAGAAUUUGGAAAAAUAUUUAAGUCUCGUACAGGAUCGAGUGGAAGUCGAAACAGGUCGGGGUGACUCCCAAAUCUUAUUACGGGCUCUGGAUCGGCUCCAUCGACGCUUAUCGGCGAUGAAAAACUUGUGCCGCGGCGUGGAUAUGGCAAAAACCGGCAUCGACAUCAUCAUUAACGCAGCGCAUCAAUUGUGUGUGGCUCAUUUGAAAAAUUUAAAAGAUCAUUUCUCGGAUAAUUUAAGUUCCGUGCGACUUUCACUCGUUUCUGCCAAAAUUGACGCCAGCAAUCAACAAGGAGGCUUAAAGGAAUUAAUUGACAAUUUAUUUGUGUCGACUUUGGAAAAGGUCAAGGGAGUUUUGCAAGACUUACUCGUUUUUUUGCAAUCCGAAUGGUCCUUCAACCUCAAAUCGAACUACAAGGAAACGCUCUGCGUCGAGGGAAUUCGCGAAAAUCUCCUCGUCACAUUCCUCCGACACUGCGCCGCCCAAAUGACGUCAUUUUCCGACCUCAAUUCCAGCAGUCCGCCCAAUUUGCUGCUCGUACUGGCGAAAUUUUGCAUCCAAAUGGAGCAAACGGGCGUUCGGCAACUCAUCACGAUGGUUGACGAGCUCUACGACAUCAAUUCCGUGGCAAGUGCUUUGCUGACGCACGAAACUGAGCUCGCAGCGGAGAUGCACGAUGCAGCCCAGGCCCUCAUUGACGCUUAUGUCAAGCAACAAGGCAUCAAUUUGUCGCAAAUGCUGCGAAAAAGUGUCGAAACGCGUGAUUGGCUGAACUGUUUGGAGCCCAGAUCCGUGAGGGCGGUCAUGAAACGCGUCGUCGAAGAACUUUCCGUCUUCGAAAAUACCUUAAACGGGUUAUUUGAGUCGGGAAUCAGGACAACGGCAAGUAGCGAUUCGAGUCGGAAGACACAUUUUAGUUUGACAACGGCGUCAAGACAACAUCGAUCCACGUGGUCGACUUAUACGCCCUCGAAUUUAGACACGAGUAUCGUUUCCAACAUUCAUCGGUUGUUUUCGGAGAAAAUUGAGAUUUUUAAUCCGGUUGAGUUUUCGAAGGUGUCUAUUUUGACGGGAAUUAUUAAGAUUAGUCUCAAAACGCUGAUGGAAUGUGUGAGGUUGAGGACUUUUAGUAAGUUUGGGCUGCAGCAGAUUCAGGUUGAUGCGCAUUAUUUGCAGAUGAAUUUGUGGCGAUUCGUGUCCGAUGAGAAUUUGAUUCAUUUUUUGUUGGAUGAGAUAUUGGGAAGUGCUGUUUUGAGAUGUGUGGAGCCUUGUUUGAUGGAACCGAAUGCGGUAGAGAUCAUUUGUGAAAGAAGUUAAACAUAAAAAGUUCUUAAAUAUUGAAUUAAAAAUAAAUAAAAAAUUUAAAAUAUUUGAAAAUAUUUGAUUUUUUGUUAAU